AUGGCAAAAAUGCCCACCAUCCGCGUCCUCAUCAUCCUGGCUCUUCAUCACAAUUGGAUCAUCCACCAGCUCGACGUAUCGAACGAUUUCCUCCAUGGGACUCUAUCCGAAACCAUACACAUGCAUCAACCACCGGGAUUCCAAGAUUCUCUCCAUCCCAACCACGUCUGUCGUCUAAAGAAAGCUCUGUACGGACUAAAACAAUCGCCUCGAGAGUGGUAUGCAACACUAUCAAAUCAUCUAACACGGUACGAUUUCCACAUAAGCGCCUCGGACCAAUCUCUUCUCACCUACAAAUCCGGGAACAUUCGCCUCUACAUCCUAAUCUACGUCGAUGACAUACUUCUCACAGGUAACUCUCAAACAGAAAUUCAUAAACUCUUAUCUAAUCUACAUGAAAAUUUUCAUAUGCGAAAUCUAGGAUCUCUAUCUCAAUUCUUGGGCAUUCAAGCACACAAGACAACUUCUGGUAUUAUUCUUCAUCAGCAACCUUAUGCAAAGAAAAUCAUUGAAAUAGCUGGCAUGUCGCAAUCUAAAACUGUUCCAACACCCAUCCCGUGCAAAGUCACCACCACCAACACGUUUAACGACCCACACGACAAUCCAAAUCUCUACCGACAAAUCAUUGGGUCUCUUCAGUAUCUCACUCUAACAAGACCAGACAUACAAUUCGCGGUACAACAACUAUGCCAACAUAUGCAACAUCCGCUCAAACGUCACCACGAAGCCCUCAAAAGACUCCUUCGAUUUAUCCAUGGCACCAUACAAACAGGUAUUCCACUCAAACGAGACUCUCUUAUUCUGCAGGGAUGUGUCGACGCAGAUUGGGCUAGCAACCAACAAGACCGAUCCUCCAUCUCCGGGUUCUGUAAUUUCCUCGGACAAUCACCCAUCUCGUGGCAAGUCAAGAAACAAAGCACAAUCGCCCGGUCAUCCACUGAAGCAGAGUAUCGAGCACUCGCCGCAGAAGCCACUGAAAUACUUUGGUUGAGAUGA